UUGCACAAGAGCUGGGCAAAGGUGAGUAGGCCGUGUCCUGCCCUGGGUCUCUCAUUUCUUCACUCUGCUUCACCCACACCCCUGCUGUCUCCCCACUCUAAGGAGCUAACUUCAGCCAAACUACUUAACUCUGGCCCAGGGCAGUCAGCACAAGAUGAAAGACAGGACAGAAUGAGCCGAUCACAGUCCCGUCCCAUCCAGCUCCCAUCUCUGGGCCCCCAGGAAGCCUUGGCUCCCCGGCCGCUGCAGCCUGCUGUCCAAAAUCCCUCUUCCCACUCUCGGGCUUCUCUACGUGGGCCUCUUCCCUGGGGCCUCAGCUGUCUUCUGGCUCUGCAGCAUUUCUUGGUUCUUGCUUCUGCGCUCUGUGCCUCCCACCUGCUCCUGCUUCGAAGUCUCCCCCCAGGAAUACUCUCUUACUCCCCUGCCCACCUGCUGGCCUCCAGCUUCUUUUCGUGUGGUGUGUCUACCGCCCUGCAAACUUGGAUGGGCAGCAGGCUGCCUCUUGUCCAGGUUCCAUCCUUUGAGUUCCUUGCCCCUGCUCUUGUGCUGGUUAACCAGAAGCUGCCUCUAGCCAUCCAGACACCUGGAAACUCUUCUGGCACACUGCACCCGUGUGAGAGGCCUGACUGCCACAGCCUGGAGCUCUGGAAUGAUUCCCUCCGAGAGGUGUCUGGGGCAGUGGUGGUGUCUGGGCUGCUGCAGGGCACUCUGGGACUAUUAGGGGUUCCUGGCCACUUGUUCCGCCACUGUGGACCCCUGGUGUUGGCCCCCAGCCUGGUUGUGGCAGGGCUGUCUGCUCACAGGGAGGUGGCCUUGUUCUGCUCCAGUCACUGGGGGCUGGCCUUGCUGCUUAUUUUGCUCAUGGUGGUCUGUUCUCAGCACCUGGGCUCCUGCCAGUUACCCCCAUGCCCCUGGAGGCCAGCUUCAACCUCUCCAACUUGUACUUGCAUGCCUGCCUUCCGGCUCCUCUCGGUGCUGGUCCCAGUGGCCUGUGUGUGGGUCCUCUCUGCCCUGCUGGGUCUCAGGGCAGACCCAGAGCUGUCUGCCCCCAGUGAGGCACUGUGGUUUUGGCUGCCUCACCCAGUGGAGUGGGUCUGGCCCAUGCUGACGCCCCGGGCUUUGGCUGCAGGCAUCUCCAUGGCCUUGGCAGCCUCCAUCAGCUCCCUGGGCUGCUAUGCCCUGUGUGGCCGGCUGCUGCAUUUGCCUUCUCCACCUCCACACGCCUGCAGUCGGGGGCUGAGCCUGGAGGGCCUGGGAAGUGUGCUGGCAGGGCUGUUGGGGAGCCCCAUGGGUACUGCAUCCAGCUUCCCCAAUGUGGGCACAGUGAGUCUUUUCCAGGCUGGAUCUCAGCGAGUGGCCUAUUUGGUGGGGCUGUUCUGCGUGGGGCUUGGGCUCUCCCCAAAGCUGACCCAGCUCCUCGCCACCAUCCCGCUGCCUGUUCUUGGUGGCAUACUGGGUGUGACCCAGGCAGUGGUUCUGGCUACUGGAUUCUCCAGCUUCCACCUGGCUGACAUUGAUUCUGGGCGGAACGUUUUCAUUGUUGGCUUCUCCAUCUUCAUGGCCCUGCUGAUGCCAAGGUGGCUUCGGGGAGCUCCUGACCUGCUGAGCACAGGCUGGAGUCCCUUGGAUGUGCUGCUUCACUCACUGCUCACAGAGCCCAUCUUCCUGGGGGGAUUCUUGGGUUUCCUCCUGGAGAACACCAUCUCUGGCACACGGCUUGAGCGAGGCCUAGGUCAAGGGCUGCCAUCCUCUUUUGCUGCCCAUGAGGCUCAGAUGCCUCAGAAGUCCAAGCAGAAGGCCACUGAAGAGUAUGAGCUUCCUGCCCCCCUCCAAAACUUGUGUCCCUGCAUCCCCCAGCCCAUCCGUUGCCUCUGCCCACUGCCUGAAGAACCUUGGAAUGAUGAAGGAGGGUCUGCUGAGCCAGGAGAGACAGCUGAAAUGUUGCCUGGUUUUGGGGAGCAGUGCCCCAGGUCUAGCAGAGAACUUAGAUCUCACUAACUCCAUGACUCAUACUUCUGCUAUGGUUAGAUUAGCUCUAUCUUUCAGCUUGCUGAAGAGUUGGCUCCCAGACUCUACUUUCUGAGAGAGAGAGAGACAAAGGAAAGAGAGAGAGAGAGAAGAAUGGGCUGACAUAAGGUUUUGUUUCCCAGGAAGUGUGCCUUCUCUUAAUCAAACAUAACUGUUCCAGAACAGGGGCCCUGAAUGAUUAAAUGAGAUUUUGCUUGUAAACUACCUAUACUUGAACUCCUGCAUUCACUUAAACAUUUAUUAAGUACUGGCUGGUGUGGCUCAGUGGAUUGAGCACUGGCCUGCGAACCAAAGGGUUGAUGGUUGAAUUCCCAGUCAAGGCACAUGCCUAGGUUGCAAGCCAGGUCCUUGGUUGGAGGUGUGGGAGAGGCAACCAACUGAUGUUUCUCUCAAACAUCGGUGUUUCUCUCCCUCUCUUUCUCCCUCCCUUCCCCUUUCUCUGAAAAUAA